GCCUUAUCUCCAGUCUAACCGCCAACAGCAGGAAUCGUCGCGUUUCCCCACAAACCAUCCAUUGUGGAUGGCGAGCAACGAUGGAGGAUGAUUGAUGGAGAUGGCCGAUGUCCAACCAUAUGGCCCGCAUCCUGUGGCUAUCUCAAUGCCGUUUGACUGGCAAUGGGCCUCCGCUUUCCAGGAUUCUUUCAGCCUUCUCCCACACCUCGAUGGGUACAAACACCAGGUGUGGGUGUCUGGUCGAUUAUCGCUUUGUGGCCACUUGGGCCAAACGCUGUUCUCGGCGGAAAAGACGUUCAUUGGCGCUUGAGCUUCCCCUGAAGCAUAUACUGUGCUAUACACAGUAUAUGGCCUGCAUGGCGAUCUUACUUUACGCAAUAAUCCUGGGCUAUCUGAAGCCCCAAAUCAUUAAUUCUCCAGGUCGUUAUUGUUAUUUCUCGUCCGAUCUUUGCACUCAACCCAAUUAUUCUCGUUGACGUGCAAUGCCUCGUCCUAGAAGGCCUGGUGCACCUGAACCGAAGCGGAGAAGCC